AUGAGAGAAGAGGGAGACGCCGCGGCCGCGUGCCCCCGCGGAGCCGGCACGGCCCCGCAGCACUGCCAGCCGCCGGGCGCCCCCGCGGCCGCCGCCGAGAGCCUGCGGAACGGCUACGUGAAGGGCUGCGCGCCGCCGCCGCGGCGGGACCCCCCGAAGCGCUUCCUCUCGCUGCUGCUGCUGCCCGCCGCCGCCUGCCCCUGCUCGUGGCGGGCGCUGCUCAGCCUGGGCGCCCUGGCCGCGCUCGCCCUCUCGCUGCUGCUGGCCCUGCACGGCAGGGGCAGCGCCGGCGGGCAGCAGGACGGCAGCGGUUGGCGGAGCCCGCGGCCGCUGCGCGCCCUGCUCUGCGUGUCGCGCUGCCUCAGCCCGCUCUUCAGCAUCGCCUGCGCCUUCUUCUUCCUCACCGGCCACCUGGCCCGGGACGAGCGCGGCGGCGCGGCGCGCUGGUGGCUGCUGGCGCUGCCCGCCUGCUGCUUCUCGGGGGACCUCGUGGCGCUGCAGUGGCUGCUGCCCGCGGAGGGGCGCGACGAGGAGCCCCAGGCCGGCGGCGAGCUGCAGGCGGCCGCGGGCCGGCUCCUCACCGUGCUGGGCUCCGUGACGGCGCUCAGCCUGCUGCGCCGCUCCCUCACGCUGCGCCGGAGCCUCCUGCUGCUGUUCUUCUCCAGCCUCGUGUGGCUCGUGUCCUUCGCCAGCCUCGGCCCGCUGCCGCCGGCGCUCAGGCCGCUGCUGGCCGCCUCGGUCGGCGCAGCCGGCUGCGCGCUCGCCCUGUGCGGCGGCGAGCGCGGCGGCUUCGCGCCUCGCGGCCGGGCAGCGCCCCAGCAGCCUCACCGCCCGCGGCUGCCCAGCGCGGAGGAGAAGGGGCCUGCGCUGCGGGCCCGGAGGAGAUCCAGCUGCGUCUCCCUGGGGGAGAGCCCGGUCGGCUACCCUGGCAGCUGCAAGAUGUACCGGAGACCUUCGCUGCCCUGCAUUUCCAGAGAGCAGAUGAUUCUUUGGGAUUGGGAUUUGAAGCAAUGGUACAAACCCUAUUACCAGAAUUCCAGCAGUGGAAACGGAGUUGACCUUUCAGUACUAAACGAGGCCCGGGCCAUGCUAGCAGACCUCCUGAGUGACCCAUCCCUUCCACCACAAGUGGUUUCUUCCCUUCGAAGCAUUAAUAGUUUGAUGGGUGCUUUCUUGGGCACAUGCAAACCAAAGGCUCAUCCCUUCACACCAUUUCCUGGGUUCUUCCCCUGCUCUGAAAUAGAGGAUCCUACUGAAAAAGGAGAUCGAAAACUGCUCAAGGGACUCGGUAGCAGGAGCAGCUUGCCAGCUCCACAGCUGAGAAGAGCUUCAGGAGUUCCUGGCAUCCCACCUAUAGAAUUGCCUUCUUCUAGGUGGGAGCGGAGUAACAGCAAGAGAUCUCAUCAGGAGUACAGCACACCAAGCCAAGCGUCCCAUUCAAAUGGGUCUUUUGGUCCAAACCUACUGGCAGUACCAAAACAAAGAUCAUCAUCUAUAACAUUGACUCACCAUAUGGGUCCCAGGCGAGUAGGUGCUUCUCCUGGCCUGAAUCCUGUGAGUUCACCUGGUCAUGGAUCCAGUUGGUCCCCUGUAGAAUUUCCUGAUACUGCUGACUUUCUUACAAAACCAAGCAUUAAUAUACAUAAGCCUCUGGGAUCCGCAUUUAAUUUUCCAGAUCUUCAGCAGCCAGUUAAAACACCUGCAGGUUAUCUGUGUAACAGCUGUGGACGUCAGAUACUCAAGCCUAUUCCAACAACAGAAGCAGAAUCUGCAGAAUACAAAGGCAGAAAAUCAGGUGAAAUUGGAAGCACUGGUAUUUCAAAAGAAUCUUUCCACCAUACAGAGAGGAAACAAGAUGAAAGGGAGGAAAAGGGUCAUCAAACACCAAAUAAUCAACUUAUGGAGCAGAGCUCUUCAUUAGAGAUGAUGUCAAUAGAUCAUGAUUCACUAAUGGAGAAGAUGAACAAUUGGAAUUUCCAAAUUUUUGACCUUGUGCAAAAAUUGGGAGACCAGUCUGGAAGGAUCCUUAGCCAGGUAACUUUUACCUUGUUUCAAGAUACUGGUUUGUUUGAAAUUUUCAAAAUCCCAACUCAAGAAUUCAUGAAUUWCUUCUGUGCACUUGAAAAUGGCUACCGAGAUAUUCCCUAUCACAAUCGUGUCCAUGCCACGGACGUUCUCCACGCAGUCUGGUAUCUCACCACGCGGCCUAUCCCAGGGUUUCAGCAGGUUCCUAACGAGCACGUGCUGGGAGGCGACAUGGAUGAAGGCAGCGGYGUGUCCCCGCUCCAGGUGAGCUACAUUUCCUCCAAAAGCUGCCCUCCUGCGGACGGCAGCUACGGGUGCCUGGCGUCGAGCAUCCCUGCCCUGGAGCUGAUGGCGCUCUACGUAGCGGCUGCCAUGCACGAUUACGAUCACCCCGGCCGCACAAAUGCUUUCCUAGUGGCUACAAACGCACCUCAGGCUGUUCUCUACAAUGACAGAUCAGUUUUAGAAAAUCAUCAYGCUGCUUCUGCCUGGAAUCUUUUCUUAUCACGACCAGAAUACAACUUUUUAUCAAAUCUUGAUCAUGUAGAAUUCAAGCGAUUCCGGUUUCUAGUGAUUGAAGCGAUCCUUGCCACAGAUCUCAAGAAGCAUUUUGAUUUCCUUGCUGAAUUUAAUGCCAAGGCCAACGAUAUCAAUAGUCACGGUAUCGAAUGGAGCAACGAGAACGACCGCCUGCUGGUGUGUCAGAUUUGCAUCAAGCUGGCAGACAUCAACGGCCCGGCCAAGGCGCGGGAGCUGCACCUGCGCUGGACGGACGGCAUCGUCAGGGAGUUCUACGAGCAGGGAGAUGAAGAAGCAAGUCUUGGACUGCCUAUAAGUCCCUUCAUGGAUCGCUCUUCUCCACAACUUGCAAAACUGCAGGAAUCUUUUAUCACUCACAUAGUUGGUCCCCUUUGUAAUUCCUAUAAUGCAGCUGGGUUGCUUCCAGGCCAGUGGGUCGAUGAAGAGCAGGACGCAGAAAGUGCUGAGGAAGAGGAUGGAGCACAGCUGGAGAGUGAUGAGGAAGAAAUAGAAGAUGAUCUCAUUUUAAAAGCUGAAAGGAAAAAGGGCAGACGACGAAUAUUUUGCCAGCUAAUGCACCAUCUGAGUGAAAACCACAAAAUAUGGAAGAAAAUAAUUGAAGAAGAGGAAAAAAAUAAAGUCGAAGGAGCUAAACUGCUCCCCGAGAUCACAUCCUUACCUCAAGCAGAUGAAAUUCAGGUUAUCGAGGAAGCAGAUGAGGAAGAUGAGCGACAGCUGGGAGAAGAAAAGAUAGGCUGAGCACCCCUGAGUGCUGUGCAGUGUGACAGCAGGAAGCCUCUGCACUUUUUCACUGUGCUGACUUUGGACUGACAGUUUGCAUAACGCUGAAAGGCCUUAAUACUGUGAGAGGAUUCUCCCUACUUCAGUGGAAUCCCCCUCCUAUGCACUUUCACCACACAGAAUAUGAGACUUUAUUCCAAGGUUUGAGUAUUGUAUACCAUGAUGCAAAGUUCUUUAUGCCUUACUGGUGUAAAAUAUCCUGUAUAAUGCUGCCUUGCUGAAUACAGAACUCUUAUUUUCCUUGAGGUACCUGCAAUUUUUAAAAACAUUCAGUGACUUCAGUUACCAAAGUGGCAAGAACUCUUUGCUAACAAGGAAAUGCUGGGUGAAUCCUCACCAUGUUUGAGUUGUGUCUUUCAUGUUGUUUUUGAACAUGAAUAAGAGAAAGUCAGUGCAUUUAUGGACGCCACGUUGCUGCUGCAGUGCCAGCCUGCUGUGGGGUGUCUGCUUGGCGCAGCAGGGUGCUUGACGCGGCCGUCUCGGGGCAACUGCGGCGCCAACGCUGCGUUCUGGCAUUUGUGUUUGAGAAGGAAAAGG